AUGCAUUUGUGGAAGAAACUCGCCUUGGCUGCGCUCUCAUCGACGUUCCACAUUGCGCUUGGCCAGCAUGUGGUGAAUCUCGGCGGCGAUGGCUGGACCGUCAGUAGCAAAGAAUUGAACAUGUCGGCCCCCGGUCAUCUGCCUUCCCAGGUCCAUUUGGAUCUAUUUGCUGCCGGUAUUAUUGAGGACCCAUACUUUGGUCUCAACGAUUUCAAUUUGCGUUGGAUUCCAGACAACAAUUGGACUUACACAAGUGAGCCACUCAAGGGGUUGGUCGAAAAUGCCCAAUCUUCUUGGCUUGUCUUCAACGGCCUGGACACGUUCACCACAAUUGAGUUUUGCGGCCAUUUCAUUGGUACCACAGAUAAUCAGUUCCGCCAGUAUACCUUUGAUAUCUCCAAGGCACUCAGCAGUUGCAAGGGUGACCCUACUCUGGCAAUCAACUUUGGCAGUGCUCCCAAGAUUGCCAAUGCCAUUGCCGAUGAUCCAAACUCAGAGCAAUGGCCUUAUGGACCUCAGCAAAUCUACGAGUUCCCUAACCGAUGGUACAUCCGGAAAGAACAAUCUGACUUUGGAUGGGACUGGGGCCCCGCGUUUGCUCCGGCUGGCCCAUGGCAAGAUGCUUACCUCGUGCAAUUUGGGCGCCAAGAAAGCGUCUACGUUCUAAACACUGACUUGGACAUUUUCCGCAAGGGACAAAUCAACCACUUCGCCCCUGACCAAGGCCAGCCCUGGGUGGUGAAUGCCAGUAUGGACUUCCUUGGAUCUCUGCCAAUAAAGCCCUCCAUGACCAUUCAGGUGAAAGAUAUCGAGACCGGCGAGGUCCUUGAAUCGGGACCCAUCGAGAACGUUAUUUCCAACGGACAAACUAUUACAGGUAGUGUCACUAUUGAUGCAGAUGCCCCGAAUCUUUGGUGGCCAACCGGGCUAGGCAAGCAGAACCUGUAUAAUGUGACUGUUAUAAUUGAGGACAGCGAGAAGCACGCAAUUGCCAGUGUCACGAAGCGUUCUGGAUUCCGAACCAUCUUCCUCAAUCGGCUUGCUAUCACGGAUGAACAGCUGGCGCAGGGAAUUGCACCAGGCGCGAACUGGCACUUUGAGGUCAAUGGCAAGGAGUUCUAUGCGAAGGGCUCCAACUUCAUUCCCCCAGAUGCAUUCUGGCCGAGAGUUACCGAGGCUAAGAUGCAGCGAUUGUUCACUGCUGUCAAGGCUGGCAACCAAAACAUGCUUCGCGUGUGGGCUUCUGGUGCUUACCUCCCUGAUUUCAUCUACGAUAUCGCUGAUGAAUACGGUGUUCUACUAUGGAGCGAGUUCCAGUUCAGUGAUGCACUUUACCCGAGCGAUGAAAAAUUCCUUGAAAACGUUGCUGCUGAAGUUGUCUACAACGUAAGACGUGUUAACCACCACCCAUCAUUGGCCUUGUGGGCUGGCGGUAACGAGAUCGAGAGCUUGGAGUUGCCUCUCGUUGAAGAUGCAGCUCCUGAUCGUUACUCAUUCUAUGUUGGCGAAUACGAAAAGCUGUUCAUUAACUUGAUAUUACCCCUUGUCUAUGAGAACUCUAGGUCAAUUUCAUAUAUGCCUAGCAGUACAAACAACGGAUACCUUUGGGUCAACAUGUCUGCGCCGAUCCCCAUGGCUGAGCGCUACAACAAUAUCACUUCGGGCGAAUACUAUUCCGAUACAGACCACUACAACUACGAUAGCACUGUGGCCUUUGACUACGGAAGCUACCCAGUUGGUCGUUUUGCGAAUGAGUUCGGUUACCACAGCAUGCCCAGUCUACAAACUUGGAAGCAGGCUGUUGACAAGGAUCAGCUUCACUUCAACAGCAGCACGGUCAUGCUCCGAAACCAUCACUACCCUCCCGGUGGCAGAGAGACCCGCAACUACAAAAACACAUCCAUGGGCAUGGCUGAGAUGACUAUCGCGGUUGAACGCUAUUAUCCCAUCCCCAAUAAGGAUAACUCUGCUGCAAACUUCAGUGCAUGGUGCCACGCUACUCAAAUGUUCCAAGCCGAUAUGUACAAGUCCGAGAUUCAAUUCUACCGCCGCGGCAGUGGAAUGCCGGAGCGCCAACUUGGAUCUUUGUACUGGCAGCUCGAGGAUAUCUGGCAGGCCCCUACCUGGGCCGGUAUCGAGUAUGAUGGCCGCUGGAAGGUCCUCCAUUACGUUGCUCGCGAUAUUUACCAGCCCAUCAUUGUCUCCCCAUUCUGGAACUAUACCACUGGUGACCUGUCGGUCUAUGUGACCUCUGAUCUCUGGGAGACCGCUCAUGGCUCGGUGAACCUCACCUGGGUCGAUUUGUCUGGAAACCCUCUUUCCGGUAAUGCAGGCACUCCCCAGUCCAAGCGAUUCACUGUUGGUGGUCUAAAUACCACUCAGAUCUACGCCACUCAGAUCACAGAUCUGACUCUUGAUGACAAGAAGAAUGCUAUUCUGGUUUUGUCUCUCGAUGCAACUGGUAUCCUACCCAACUCCGGAGGAUCUCACACCACUUUCACCCACCGUAACCAGGUCGCUGCCGAGUUCCCGAACCAACUCGCUCUUGUUGAUCCCGGAGUAGAGGUUUCGCACGACGAAAAGGGCGGUACUUUCACCGUGGAAGCCAAGAAGGGUGUCUCACUCUACACUUGGCUUGACUACCCGUCUGGCGUUGUGGGUUAUUUCGAUGAUAACUCCUUUACAUUGCUUCCCGGUGAGAAGAAGACUGUUCGUUUUACUGUUCAAAAGGAUGACACAAAUGGCAAGUGGGUAAAGGAUGUCACUGUUCGGAGUCUUUGGGACCAGACUACCAAAGAUUAA